GACACAAGUGCCUCCGAGCUACAAUCCACAUCUGGCGGCUUUUAUCGAUGUGCCGACCUGAAGCACUCAGUAGAGGGCGAUGCUUGUCUGAAUGGCCAGCAUUCAUGUGUUUUAAAUUGAAAAAUAACAGCUCUGUAAAAAUCAACAUAUGGGCAAGUACUGAACUUCGUAAGUUCCAGAGAACAUUUAAAGACUAUUCUGAUCACACACUGAUAUCUCUUCCCGUCGAUGAGUGCUAACACGCUUCGUAGGAUGUUAAUAUAUAAAGAAGCUGGUAUCAGUGACCAACGGAUACAGUGGUUUAUAUUCAUCCUUUUCACACUUCUUCAUGGAGUAAUAUCUGAAACCAGUAGAGCACUGGACAUAAUGACCAAAUAUCCACUAAUUGAUGGACACAAUGACUUGGCAUUGCAGCUGAGAAUACAUCAUCGCAACAAACUAAGCCUGUUCGAUUCACACAACAAUCCUUUGGUGGCUACAGAUAUCAGUCGCCUCACAGCUGGUCGUGUUGGAGGCCAAGUGUUUGCAGCGUACGUGUUGUGUACAGCUCAAGACAAGGAUGCUGUUAGGCUGGCCUUGGAACAGAUUGAUGUUAUUCGUCGUCUAUGUACUGAAAACCCAGAGCUUGAACUGGUGACUACAGCUGAAGGUUUUAAAAACUCUAGAAACAGGACAAAAAUAGCCUGUCUAAUCAGUGUGGAGGGAGGUCACACCAUCGACAGCAGUUUACCAGCAUUGCGCAUGUUCUACCAGCUUGGAGUAAGAUCCAUGGCCCUUACACACACCUGCAACACACCAUGGGCUGAGAGCUCAUCAAAAAUAUACCAGCAUUACCAACGGAAGAGCAAUAAACUGACAGAAUUUGGUAAGGCAGUGGUUUCUGAAAUGAACAGGUUAGGAAUGCUGGUUGAUCUGUCACAUAGCUCUUGGGAAACAGCCAAAGCAGUGCUGACACAUACUGCAGCUCCUAUUAUUUUCAGUCACUCCUCAGCAUACGCUGUCUGUAACAACACUCGUAAUGUACCCGACGACCUGCUACUCCGGCUGAAAGAAAAUGGCGGACUUAUCAUGGUGAACUUCUACAGCGAUUUUGUGGCAUGUUCAAAAAAGGCAAAUGUCUCUGUGGUGGCUGAUCAUUUUGAUCACAUAAAGCGGGUAAUAGGAGUUGAAAGUAUUGGGAUUGGUGCAGAUUUUGAUGGUGCACGUGGAUUUCCUCAAGGCCUGGAUGAUGUCUCCAAAUAUCCAGCUUUGAUAAGCGAGCUGAUAUCACGGGGCUGGAAUGAGAAAGAGCUGGCCGGAGUGUUAAGACUGAACUUCAUCAGGGUCUUCAGAAAGGUUGAAAAGGUACGCGAUGAUAUGCUUAACACUUCACCCAGUGAAGUAGAAAUCCCAUUUCUCGACGCAAACAACAGCUGUCGUGCGAUCUUGACCCAUCCAGUCAGGAUAGAGAAUAGCUAUCGAAACCAGAAAUCUCCUUUGUUGCCUGUAAGAGCUGUGGCUUGGUUUUUCCCAAUUUUUGUUCAAUUAAUUUAUUAUUAA